AGCCAUAGCUUGCUUUUUUUUUUUUUACGUUUUGCUGUGAGCAAUCGAAUCCGCGUUGUUAUCGAUGGGAUGGAUGCUUCAAUCAUCCCAUUUGAGGCGGAUUUGAUUGCUGUGCUUAGGGGUAAUAGCAAUUUAUUUUUCUCAAAAAAUUUGGGGCUUCAGGCGUUCAGCUGAGCCCCAUACCCUACGAAGACAGAUCUAGGGUUUUCGAUUGUGUAAGUCACGCUGCCACCUGCGCUGUUGCUCCACUGCUGCCCCGCUGUUGAGUUCGUCCUCUUGCAGUUGGGAGCUGGCAUGGCAGUUACAGACAGGAGCUGUAUUGCCCCUUAGGCCUAUUGAAUCAACUUUUUGAAUCAGAAGAAGCAUACCGUCGGUGAGAUUUGUACCUAUCGGUUGUUAGCUUCUGGAAUUGUGUGAUCUAAUUACGUAUUUUGCCAGAUUACUGAAAUUGUGGACAAAAUACAGUAGUAUACUAAUCCACUUCAAAUAAUGAAUGGAUUUUGCUUUUCUCGGUGGUAGUUGUUUUUGCUUUGUUUAGGGUUGUUUCCUUAGAUUGGAGAUUAAUAAUUAUCAAGCUUUUAAAUAGUGAUUUUCACGGCUUCGCGGCAUGGUCCCAGAAAAGCUAUAGAAGCUAUCAUGGGAGGUAUCCUUCGUCUCGUUUUAGUAUUAACAAAUACAAAAUAUUAUUUUUUGCAUAAUAUAAUUCAUGUUUCAAAAAUUAAUUAAGAUAGUACAUAAGAAGGUACUUAAUAUAAUAUAAUAAGAUUAUAAGUCAUAAUAUUCUUAACAAAAUUACUUGAUCAGUAAAAAAUAUAAGUGUUGGGGUAUUGUAAAAAGAGCGACAUAUGGCAUCUUGCUAGGUUUUCUUAUAAUUUAAGCUUAUAAGAUAAAUUUUUUAGGCCUUCCAGCGAAGUUGGAUUUCAAAAUUAACUUUUUUUGGCAUGUGAGUACAUAUGUAGGAUAGUGGAGCUAUUUCUAGCUAAGUGCUAUGGAAAAUAGCGCAUCUAUUUAGGGCUAUAGUGCUUAUAGCUCAUAUAGCGGAAGAUUGGCCAAGUUUAGGGUUUAGCUCAUAUACCGUUGCUUCACGUUUGAGGUCCGAAACAGCUGUUGCGCAGCUAUAGCGCAGAUGUAGCUAUCUAUUUAGACCAUGGUAACUAUCAUAAUGGUGUGCAGCUUAGGUUAAAAUCAAAUUUGUCGGGCAGAUAAUACAAGGCCUGCCCCAGAAGGAAUACCCUUGUGCAGCAGGCGAAAAGCUGUCUCUCUUUGUGCCAUGUUGUUUGGUCUCUUUUGCAGUUGCAGGGGGAGAAACUAAGCAUUCUCGUGGAGAAUCAUUUUUUACUUGUUUACAUUUAGUUGAUUUCUUGGGCUUUAACCAUUUUGAAAGGUGUGCAGAUUUAGGUUAAAAUGUGAUCAGUUUACCAGGAGCAAGAUCUAGCCCUGAUGACAGAGUCCUCAAGUAGAUUGCAGCUCUUUUGGUCUAUCUAUUCACCUUUUCUCCUGAUAUUAACAUUUUUGAGUAAGUGUGCAGAUUAGGUCUAAAAAAGGGAUUGGGAUUAGGAUUUUCUUUCAAGAGCUUGAGCUGUAUAAUGUUCCAAUCACACAGUGGGCCGUACAGGGGUAAAUUCACAGGAAUUUUACUUGUUGGUGAUCCUAAAAGAUUCAUAUGCUUUGUGAACCUGGUUUGUUUUAGCUGCCUGUGUUCCUUUUUGUCUACUUUGUCUUGCACACUGACGACCUUAAUUGAGCUUUACUGUCAGUGUGAGAGUUAUAUCAUGGCGGAGCACUUGGCUUCGAUCUUUGGCACUGAGAAGGAUAGGGUCAACUGCCCCUUUUACUUCAAGAUUGGGGCAUGUCGUCAUGGGGAUCGCUGCUCCCGUCUGCACAACAGGCCAACCAUAUCACCAACUCUUGUGCUUGCUAACAUGUAUCAGCGCCCUGAUAUGAUAACCCCUGGAGUUGAUGCUCAAGGCCAACCUAUUGAUCCUGAGAAGAUGCAGGAGCAUUUUGAGGACUUCUUUGAGGACAUCUAUGAGGAACUGGGCAAGUUCGGUGAGAUUGAGAACCUGAACGUUUGCGAUAACCUUGCUGACCACAUGAUUGGGAAUGUAUAUGUCCAGUUUAGUGAGGAAGAACAGGCAGCCGCAGCAUACAAUGCACUUCAGGGCCGCUUUUACUCUGGCCGCCCAAUAAUUGUCGAGUAUUCUCCUGUGACUGACUUCCGUGAAGCAACCUGUAGGCAGUUUGAGGAGAACAGCUGUAACCGUGGUGGCUACUGUAAUUUCAUGCAUGUGAAGCAGAUUGGCAGGGAUCUUAGGAGGAAGCUCUAUGGGCGUUCCGCUACCAGGAGGUACCAUGGGAGAAGCCGCAGCCCAAGCCCACGCCACAGGAGAGGCCAUCGUGAUCGCGAUGACUACCACCAUGACCGUGAUGAUUACCGUGGUGGUGGUGGUGGACGGGGUAGAGGCGGCAGGCAUGACAUGUAUGAUGACAGAGGGGGUAGAGGCGGCAGGCAUGACAUGUAUGAUGACAGAGGGGGUAGAGGUGGCAGGCAUGACAGGUAUGAUGACGGAGGGGUUAGAAGUGGCAGGCAUGACAGGUAUGAUGAUGGAGGAAGGCGCAGGCAUGGUAGCCCCCCAAGGCGUGCUAGGAGCCCAGUCAGGGAAAGCAGUGAGGAGCGCAGGGCCAAGAUUGAGCAGUGGAACCGUGAAAGGGAGGCAAGGCAGUGAUGUUUCUGUGGGAAGUGUUACAAGACGAGCAUUAUUCGCAGGAGUCGUUUUUUAGCUCGUUGUUACCGCUAUAUAUUCUAAGUGGGCGUGCCCGGGCUGAUAUUAUUCUUGGCUAAGUAACCUUUAAGAGUUUAAGUGCAGGAUUCCUCUAUUUACUCUGGUUAAUCAGGCAUGUAAACUUUCAUUUAUUUCCAUCUGUGUUGCGUUGGAUCUUUUGCCAGCAUAUUAUGCUGUCAUGUUGUUCUAAGCUAGCAUUGGUAUCAAACGUACGUGGUGUUAGCAAUUAUGUCAGCAGUGAUUGGUCCGUGGAUUCACAAUCUGGUUUUCA